CGUACGUUUACUUGAUGCAAAAGAGGAGUCAAACUUUGCUAAAAGCGUACUGUUUACCUUAUUUUCUUGUGGAAAUGCCUAAAAAUAAGGGUGGCGGAGGGGGAGGUGGUAAGGGAGGAGGUGCGAAAGGAGGAGCAAAGGCAAAAGGAAAAGGUGGAGCCACAGGAGAUGAUGAUAGUGGAGGAAAGCAGAAAAAAGGAGGAACUAGUACUGUGAAGGUUAGGCACAUUCUGUGUGAGAAGCAUUCCAAGGCUAUGGAAGCUCUGGAGAAGAUAAAGGCCGGGGAGAGAUUUAAUUCAGUAGCAGAGAAAUACAGCGAAGACAAAGCAAGACAAGGGGGUGACCUUGGAUGGAUGACGAGAGGUUCCAUGGUAGGACCCUUCCAAGAUGCAGCGUUUGCUCUCCAGCCCAGCAGCACAGACAAGCCCAUCUACACGGACCCUCCAGUCAAGACGAAGCACGGUUAUCAUAUCAUUAUGAUAGAGGGAAAGAAAUAACACGAGGCUUUGCGCCAUCAUGGCUCUUCCGUAUGUCUUAUCUGUAUAUAAAUGUAGGUACUAAGUACAUAUAAGG